CCCCUCUCCUCCCCUCUCCUCAAGCUCCUGCCGUCACCUCUGUCUUCGGCAGCGCUCGUUGGCCUGUCGUUGGCCUGCAGAAUCUCACGCGCGCGGCAUGCACUCAAGUCGCUGCUGUAUUCGCAUCUCUUUCGGAGUAUACGGUUCCGAUCCGAGUGCCCGGGACUGACACCCGCUUGAGCGAAGCGGCCUCAUUCGUCGCUACCUGCAACGUUGGAGUCCCGAAGUCGCUACCUCUUCUUCACCCACCACUCUGGAAACGUGCUGUUGCCUGCUGCCCUGCGGUGCACUGAUUUCAACGCCUUGCAUCUAGCUGCGCGAGUCCGGCACCUCUAGAAGCGGGGGAAAGAAGAACAGUCGACGUUGCUAGGAUUUCGGCGUGCGAUCAGCUACUUGUCAAGGAGCCUCGAAGGUACGAGAACCGUCACAGCCCGAUCCAGGAAGGAUCGGUACUGCGUGUGAGGGACCUUCGUCACCGCGCGCCCGCUGGGAUCCUGCAGGCUCGAUUCUUCAUACGCCUAAUAUCAAGCAAGAACUGAGAAUCUUCUGAAAUCCAAUCAGUUCGAGCGCCUUUCCCCUUGACGUCUAUCACAGCACCACAAAGAGAUUGCACAAUGAUCACGCGGAAGAAAUUUUCCCAGUGCCCUGUUCGAAACGGUCCACUUUGCGACGCCAAUAGCCUCAGAACACGCACAAAAAAAGAGUCUUGUGAAUGUCCAGUUUGCAAAAAGAAGAUAAGCCAUCGACGCAAUCUACCGACUCAUCUCAGGAGGCAUACAGGGGAGAAGCCUUUCGAGUGCACAGUUUGCAACAAGAAGUUUAAUCAAGCAAGCGAUGUCAAAAUACAUCUCAGAACUCAUACAGGGGAGAAGCCUUUCGAGUGCGCAGUUUGCAACAAGAAGUUUAAUCAUGCAAGCAAGGUCAAAAUACAUCUCAGAACCCAUACAGGGGAGAAGUCUUUCGAGUGCCCAGUUUGCAACAAGAAGUUUAAGCAUGCAAGCACUGUCAAAAGUCAUCUCAGAACCCACACAGGGGAGAAGCCUUUUGAAUGCACAGUUUGCAACAAGAAGUUUAAUGAAGCAAGCGAUCUCAGGAAACAUCUCAGAACCCAUACAGGGGAGAAGCCUUUCGAGUGUGCUGUUUGCAACAAGAAGUUUAAACAAGCAAGCGAUGUCAAAAUACAUCUCAGAACUCAUACAGGGGAGAAGCCUUUCGAGUGCGCAGUUUGCAACAAGAAGUUUAAUCAAGCAAGCGAUGUCAAAAUACAUCUCAGAACUCAUACAGGGGAGAAGCCUUUCGAGUGCGCAGUUUGCAACAAGAAGUUUAAUCAAGCAAGCGAUGUCAAAAUACAUCUCAGAACUCAUACAGGGGAGAAGCCUUUCGAGUGCACAGUUUGCAACAAGAAGUUUAAUCAUGCAAGCAAGGUCAAAAUACAUCUCAGAACCCAUACAGGGGAGAAGUCUUUCGAGUGCCCAGUUUGCAACAAGAAGUUUAAGCAUGCAAGCACUGUCAAAAGUCAUCUCAGAACCCACACAGGGGAGAAGCCUUUUGAAUGCACAGUUUGCAACAAGAAGUUUAAUGAAGCAAGCGAUCUCAGGAAACAUCUCAGAACCCAUACAGGGGAGAAGCCUUUCGAGUGUGCUGUUUGCAACAAGAAGUUUAAACAAGCAAGCGAUGUCAAAAUACAUCUCAGAACUCAUACAGGGGAGAAGCCUUUCGAGUGCGCAGUUUGCAACAAGAAGUUUAAUCAAGCAAGCGAUGUCAAAAUACAUCUCAGAACUCAUACAGGGGAGAAGCCUUUCGAGUGCACAGUUUGCAACAAGAAGUUUAGUCAUGCAAGCAAGGUCAAAAUACAUCUCAGAACCCAUACAGGGGAGAAGUCUUUCGAGUGCGCAGUUUGCAACAAGAAGUUCAGUAGAACGGACAAUCUCAGAACUCAUCUCAGAACCCAUACAGGGGAGCAGCCUUACGAGUGCACAGUUUGCAAUAAGAAGUUCAGUAGAACGGGCAAUCUCAGAACUCAUCUCAGAACCCAUACAGGGGAGAAGUCUUUCGAGUGCGCAGUUUGCAACAAGAAGUUCAGUAGAACGGACAAUCUCAGAACUCAUCUCAGAACCCAUACAGGGUAGAAGCCUUUCGCGUGCAGUUUGUAACAAGAGUUACAAGAAGGCAGCCUCAGAGAACAUGUCAGAACCCAUACAGGGGGAAACAUGUUCUGAAUGCAUAUGCUGUCGAAGGAAGUUUUGUUAUAGAACCAUUAAUAUGUGCGAACUAUCAUUUUGUUCACUAUUUUAAGCUGCCGUGCACCGCACGUGUUAGUACAGUAGAUUAUUUGAAGUUUUUCGUUGUUAAGUUUUGUUGAAUGAUCCGUAUUCUCGUUUGUAGUAUUUUGUGUUACAAUGCUGCUGUAAACCAGAAAGUAACUGUUUUGUUGGUAACGAAAUUGCAGAAAUAAAUCCACCUUAUAUUUUUUGUC